AUGUUACAUCACUACAAUUACUCCACGUCUCUGAGCCAUUUUCUGAGCUACCACCAGCUCGACGACCGUCCAUCCGACUCGGAGCACCAGACUCAGAAUUUAUGCGACGACCUGCAGGAGGAGGACGACCGAUGCAGGAGCAACUCAUCGGCCAGCAGCAAAUCCUUCACUAUAGCUGCUAUACUAGGUUUAAACAACGACAACAAAUUAGGUAAGUCCGUGCACUCGCCGACCGAUCUAAGUGUCGUGAACCUCUCGACGGGGGUGGGCCGCAACCCCCUGAUCGCCGACUGCACUAGAUUACAGCUUCCGGUGCAUGUUACAGCCGCAGGAGCCGUCCCCGGGAGCCACUACGGCUCCGCUAACCCCAAUGCUGCGGGCCACUCGGCCAGACACAAUGUUCGAAACUCCCUAAAGCACAUGUCUCAAUCCGUCAUGCAGCAGAGCAAAAAGAGUUGCAAGAGCAAAAGGGUGAGGACGAUCUUCACGCCGGAGCAGCUCGAGCGGUUGGAAGCGGAAUUCGAGAGACAACAGUACAUGGUGGGGCCGGAACGGCUCUAUUUAGCCCACACGCUCCAGCUCACGGAGGCCCAAGUGAAGGUGUGGUUUCAGAACAGGCGCAUAAAGUGGCGCAAGCACCACUUGGAAUUAACCCAUCAACGUCUUGCGGUUCUCAAGCAGCAGCAGCUCAUGCUCGACGAGACGCCGCCGGAUGUGCAGGAUACCAACAGCUCCGGGACGGAUACGUGAGACCCGGAGUAACUUUUCACGUCGAAACGGGGGUUAUCGAAUUUCAAGCGGGUUGGUUUCAGGUUCAAAGAUUCUUUUGAAGCUACAAGAGUUUUUGAUACGUUUCCGUGUAAUUAAAUUUGUGUAUUUAAAACAUUUUUUCAUCAUCAACAAGGAUUGCUGUAGACGUGAAAGACGAUGCGCAAUAGUUAUUUAUUAUACGAAUUUUGCGCAAGUCAGGUCUUCAGCUAUUCUUGCAUCGCUGUACCUACACACAUAAAUGUCGAGAAUAUUAUAGAUUAUUAUUUUGGGAAGAUUAGUUAAAUUUAGUUUCAUUCUAAAGAAAUAAGUAUAAAAAAUAUGUACAUAUGCUAAAAUGCGUUCUGUAAAUAUUUAAAUGUUGAAAUGAUUUUUACUGUUUUUAUGUUGAAUUGCUUUAUUAACAUUUCUCAAAAUUUACUCCACGUAGUGUAAUUGUAUACCAAAGUUUUUUCAUUGUGAUCUAUUUAUUAUCAAAUAUUAUUUCUAUUACAUUUUUAUUGUG